CAGCAGAGCGCAUGAAGCGCAGCACACACACGGAGCUCAUCUUCUCACACCCGGUGACACACAGAGACAUGCAGUGGUGACCCACGCGCGGCUGGGUGACACACUGUUGUUUGUUAUAAACUUGGAAGAAAAAAGAAGAGAAGAGAGAGACUACAUACGAGCUUUUCUCUUUCAAAAUGACUGCUAAAACUUUGGAGAAGGUGCCGGUGAAUCUCGGGGGGUUCGUCCAUCCUGACAGCGUGUACUCGGUGGAUGACAUCGCCACCAGCUUGCCGACCUCUGUGGCUAUCUUCCCCAACACAGACUUGGCACAUUACGACCAGCUUAAUGUGACAGCAGAUGGCUUGAUGAGCGCGGACAUGAGCGCAGAGAAGCGCUCUCUGGACCUCUCCUCCUACUCCAGCGGCUUCUCUCAGCCCGCGCCCCACCGCAACCAGACUUUCACCUACAUGGGAAAAUUCUCCAUCGACUCCCAGUAUCCAGGUAACUGGAACCCCGAGGGAGUGAUCAACAUUGUCUCGGGCAUCUUCAACGUGGCCCAGCCGCCUCCUCCUCCUCCCUCCUCUUCAGCGUCCUCUUCCCCGGCUUCUUCAGGAUCUCCCAGUCAUUUCUCCAGCGGAAAUUUGAGUUGCACCAUGGCGGCUCAGAACCAGGCAGAGAUAGACCAUCACCAUCACCUCUAUUCCCCCCCACCUCCUUACUCAUCUUCUGGCUGCGGGGAGGUGUACCAGGAUCCCUCGGCCUUUUUGUCCACUUCCACCUGUCCUAUCGCCUCCUACCCACCACCCUCCUACUCUUCACCCAAGCAGCCUGGCAGCUCAGACGCGCCGGGGCUGUUCCCCAUCAUCCCCGACUACUCGGGCUUUUUCCAGCCGGCUUGCCAGCGGGACAUGCACACGGCAGGUAUCCAGGAUCGGAAACCAUUCGGCCCAUGUCCGCUCGAUACAUUCCGCGUCCCUCCACCCCUGACCCCGCUGAACACUAUCAGGAACUUUACGCUGGGGGGUCCGGGUAGUGGUGGCGCCGAGGGAGGGCCGCCGAGGCUUCCCUCUGCAUACAGCCCACAGAACUUGCCCCUGAGGCCAAUCUUGCGACCCAGAAAGUACCCGAACAGACCCAGCAAGACACCCAUCCAUGAGCGGCCGUACCCCUGUCCUGCGGAGGGCUGCGAUCGGCGGUUCUCCCGUUCUGACGAACUGACCAGACACAUCCGCAUCCACACUGGACACAAGCCGUUCCAGUGUCGGAUCUGUAUGCGCAACUUCAGCCGCAGUGACCAUCUCACCACGCACAUUCGUACGCACACGGGGGAGAAGCCGUUCGCCUGCGACUUCUGUGGCCGGAAGUUCGCCAGGAGCGACGAGAGGAAGAGACACACUAAAAUCCACCUGAGGCAGAAGGAGAGGAAGUCCUCCACUGUCUCCUCCUCGUCCUCCUCCUCGUCCGGCAGCUGCGGGCUGGAGCGGCCGUCAGGCGGGAUCAGCGCAACCAACGGGAUCUGUCCAUAGUUAGAAAAUUUUCUUGUCACCAUGGCAGCGUGACGCACACUAACCCCUAAAAAGGAAACAAGCAUCGAAUAAUUAGACUGAAACUGUUGUGAACUAAAGAUAACAGCCUAAACACCAGGAUGGGAAUAAACAAUAAUUUCUGUGCAAUCGUGCGCAAUUACGCACAUCCAUCCAUUCCUGCUCCAGAACUGACAGACAGACUGACACGAAUGCACUUUGCCUGCACAGUCUACUGAAAAUACAAGUAAAUAUAGCCAUUAAUAAAUGAGAUUAUACAAGGGCGGUUGUAAUAAAGGGGAUUUUGAAAUAUCGCCACACUUAUUGAGCGCGCACAGGCUGCACGUUCAAAUGUGAAAUAACUGCAAUAACGUUUUGAACAAAGAAAUCUGUUUUAAGUUAUUGAAUUGACAAAGUGUUGAUUCUAACGAGUUUGUUGAUGACUGUAUCUCCCCUUUAGUGCCUUGCUGCGUGUCUUUUUGUACACUGACUGAUUCAAGGACGCUUCUCAUGCAGUGUGUAUUUGUCUUUUAAUAUGUACAGGUGAAAGACUUUCUAUUUUUGUACACAUCUCGUCUCGUGUAACUCCCAUUGUUCAGCAAUUGUGGUUCACGUGUAAAACCAUGUUGGAGUGUAAAUAU